CCAGGGACAAGCGCGCGCCAAGCCACCAAGCGAGCAGCACGCACUCUCCUUCCCUCCUCCUCAUCCCUCUUCCUUCUUCGGCAAGCGCCAACUCGGGUCGAACCCCCGCGGGUUCGCGAGUCCGCGCCAGGCGGCCCACGCCGCUGCCCCCCCUCUCUUUCCCUCUCCCUUCCCUUCGCCCUUCGCCCGCGCCCGCCAUGGAGCCGCCUUGGCGCGCCGCUGGCCGUCCCCGGCGCUCGGCUGCGGAGCGGAGGGCGCAGGCAGCGCGGGCGCAGUUUCGCGCAGCGCAGGCGUUCCUACGUGGGUUCCACGCCAUGGGGCACAGGGGCUGCCGCCCGACCCUGUUGGGGGAAGCCCUGGCCAACAUCCUUCGCGCCGCAGGCGGCGAUCGUGAAGCUCGUGGUGCUGCUGGUGGCGAUGCCUCGGCCCCCCAGCCUCCCACAGCCCCAACAGGGCCCCUACGGGGGAUGACUGCCCUGGGGAGGGAUGGCAGGGCGCGGGAGGCGAGCGGCGGACUGGAGGCGGCAGUCCCCGUCGACGCUCCUGCGGCAGCCCAUGGAGAACCUCCCAGGAUUUCGGCCAGCGUCGUCGCGAAGGGGGAGUCGGAGGAGAGUGUGGAGGUGAUGCUCGGCGUGCCCCCCGCUCCCAGCAAAGGCCCCGCGGUCGCGGCGGGGGCCUUUCAGCGGGAGCCACGGGUCGCUGGUGGCACUUCUCCGGGGCGCACAAGUGGAGCUUCCGGCAGUCGGACGGCCAUCCCGCUUCCGCCAGAUGUCCUUUCCGCGCUGAACCAAGUGAUGGGUUCUCCAGGUCCGCCUCCAUCGAGACCCGUUUCGCAUCCGCCAGGUUCCACAACCCUUUUCAGAUGAGAAGUGCAAGCAGCAGUGACCAUGAGAGAGGUGCACAUUACGUUUUCGUUACGGCAUUUUGUUGUGGCCUUCGUUAAUUGCGCGGGUGCUUACUCAGUCGAGGAACUUGAUCAGGUUGUCUCGGUUUUGUUAUGUGUAUUGCUUGUCGUUGCAGACGGGAGAACACAUGUGCAGGGCGUUGGCAUUUUCUGAUACUGAGUGAAGGCUGCGUUGUGCAUCGCGAUUCUCCAGCUCUUUUGCUUACUUUGUGGAGGGACAUGAAAUAAGGUGAACACACUGUUGCAUAAGAGUUCUGUAUUAUGCCUUGCCUCUUGUGUGUGCGUGUGCGUGCGCGUGUGCCGUGCGUGCUCACCAAUAAGAGGCUUGCUUGCUUAUUAGGUAUAAUAUCGCACCGCGAUGGAGCCCAUUCCCAUUCCCAUUCCUCUUCCUUCUUCGGCUUCACCUCCUCUCUCUAUCUCUCUAAAUUUCUCUCUCCCUCUCUCUAUCCCUCUCUGUGCGUGUGCUCCUCAGGAUGAGCCCGACACGCCCUGCUGCUUCGCAGCCGGGCUCCCGCGCACUUUGUCCUCUUCGGCCGUGCGCCCGCCUCUGCCGCUUGGCUGCGCGCGUGGCCGCGACGCCUCAAGGAUGCGCGUGCGGGUUUGUGGCCCGCUUCCUCGCGGUCUUCCAAAAGGCUUCCAGAAGCACCUGAGGUCCUCUGGAGACCUUUGGAGACGUCUGGGACGGUCGGUCCCUGCUCAACCUCCGCCCGCGCGGAUUUCUUCCCCGGGGGCGCCCUAGGGCCAUGCCGGCCCGGCCGCAUCAUCGGGCCGCCUGGCGCGGCGCGCUGGCCGUGGGCGCCGCGCUGCGCGCGGCGCACGGCUCGCGGCACCUGGCGCAGCUGUGUGGGGGUCACGAGUGCACCGCCCUCGAGGCCCCGCUGCUGGACUACGACCCGGUGGAGGAGAAGUGCCGCUGCAUCCCCCACCCGUGCUGGGACGACAACGGCCGGCAGCACUUCUGCCAGGACGACGUGCGCCACCCGUUCCUGGCCUUCUCGUACGACCAGUCUGGGGGAUUGCAGUGCCGUUGCAGCAGCAUCGCCCAGCAGAAUUCAGUGUACUUGUCCAAGCACGUUUGUGCUGGCCAGAAGUGCGAUCAGGCAAGCUUUCCGGUGCUUGACGUGGACGACGGUGGUGAGUGCAGGUGUCUAGCACACCCCUGCUGGAACGACAACGGCCUGAACCACUCGUGCUCAAGCACACCUAGGUUCCCCAUACUGAAUUUCAGAUUGGACAAAGAGGGCAGCAACGUCUGCGAGUGCAUGGCGAUGUGGCAUCCUCAGGGAAAAAAUGUUCUCGAAGAUGCCGCCAAGGAGGAUGAGCAGCGACAGGCUGCACAGAGCAACAUGGAGCACGGAUUUCCAAUGCCUCCAGACACGAGGCCCCGCGGGUGCGCGAAAAACAUCACCGAGGAUUUUUCUGGGCUCAGCGUGUCUGUGAUUAUCCCAUGGCUCGCCGAGAAGUGGUACCACAUGGAGGCGACCUUGAAGUCGCUGCUGUACUUUACGCCCGACCACUUAGUGACGGAGUUCAUCUUCAUUUCUGACGGCAAUGCGGACAGCAGGGAAGUUGAGCUAAAGGCCAUAUCCGACAAGGUGAGAGUGUUGGCACUCCGGGAGCGCGUCGGGUUGAUGGUCGCAAAGACAAAGGGCGUCGAGAUGGCUAAGGCCCCAGUUUUGGUAUUUUUGGAGGCGCACUGCAUAAUGAACCACGGGUGGCUUGAACCCUUGCUGCAAAGGCUGAAGGAGGACCCGAAGAUACUGGCAAUGCCACAAUUGGACAUCAUCCCUGAGGACAACUUCUACCAGUACCGCAAAAACGUGCCGGGAUAUUGGCGGUACGAGUGGAACUUCAAUCUGAUAUAUUCCAACCCUGGCGGAGGUCUUAUCAAGGACUCACGAACAAAAUCCGAGCCGUACCUCUCGCCGGGCACCUCCGGCGGCAUAUUCGCCAUGCGGCGGGACUGGUUCAACCACCUGGGCUUCUUCGACGAGGGCAUGGAGCAGUGGGGCGGGGACCACAUAGAGCUGACCAUGAAGGUCUGGCGGUGCGGCGGCCGCAUCGAGGUCGUGCCAUGCUCCCGCAUUGGCCACCUGUUCAGGACCCCCGCCAAGCGCCCGUACGACGUGGAGGUCGCGCAGGUCGUCAAGAACUAUGCGCGCUUGGCGCGAGUGUGGGCUGGCAACUACCUAGACACCUUCUACAAGAUGAAGCCGGAGGCGCGAGCCUUCGAGGUCCCGGACCUGGACGAGCUGCAGCGGCAGCACGACGAGCUGGGCUGCCACAGCAUGGAUUGGUACGUGCAGAACGUGGACAUAGAGAUGGGCUGGGAGGCCGACAAGGUCUGCAUUCCUGGCGGCGAUACGAGGAGCGGCGGGUGCUCCGGGCCGUCGCUCGCCGCUCGGUCCACCAUCGACCAGACGAUGCCGCGGGAGGAGUACCUGCAGGGCCGGGCGAAGGCUGACGCCUCGCUGGAGGCGUCGCGCUCGGGCGAGAGAAGGCCCGGCAAGGCCUGGGCGUACGAGGCCCGGCUUGAGCUGUGAGGGCGGCCGCGGCGGCGCGGCGGACUCAUCUUUCGACCUCGGCCGCGGCGAGGACGGGGACGACGUGACCCUCCGCAUGUUCCUCCUCCUCCUCCUUCGCCUCCUCCUCCUCCCUCCUCCUCCCCUCCCCCUCCCCUUCCUUCUCCUCUUUCUGCUGUGAUGCGCAGCCGGAGGUCGGGCCCGUCUUGCGCGCACGGGUGCACCGAGCGACUGGGGAGAAUGCAUUUGAUCCGGUUCCGCGCCCACCUAUGAGUGUCGCAGCGUUCUGGAGAA